AAAGAAAAUGUUCCCAGACUUUCAGAUUGGUUUUCUCGUAUUAAAGAGCGAACGAUCAUUUUGAAACGUCAAUAUUUAAAAAAAAAAUUUAAUUUUUCUUAAUUAGAAAUUUAGGUUUCAAGCGUCCAUUAAAAUUUCGUACAUCUGGCAAGGUUGAACUCAAAGGAAAAUCUUAAUGUUGGAGAGUGAACAAUUAAAAAAAUCGCCAUACAAGCAAACUUGAGAUUUUCAGUAUUAGUUAUAAAUCCCUGAUUGUGAAGACAAUUGCAUUAAAGGAGUUAUGUUAUCUCAAAAAGCGGAAAAUUUCUAGCUUAGGCUGACGGGUUGGCAACUGCUUCUAUAAGCAGAUUCUCAGCUGAAAGAUAGAGAAUUGAUAAUUAUGUACUGUACUGCACAAUACAAUACAAUAUAUAUAUAUAUAUAUAAAACUGUAUUUGAUUUCCUUUAAAAUUCUUUACCCUUGUGGCACGUGGAUUACGCUAAGCUUGCGAUAGGGAUGACAUGUGAUGGAUGGAGGUUCGACUUAUCCGAGUUAAAGAUCCAUGAAUAUUUUUGAGCAUUCGAAUAUAGAUCCACCAGAGCGUCCCACAUCUUUAGCUAUUUCUCUGUCUGGGUCUUCACCGCGUAUAGAUUUGUUUAGUUGGGCUAAUGUACAUUUUCAGAACAGUUUGUCGUCUUUUUUUUUAGACAUGCUCAUUGUAAACUGAAGAGGAUCCACGACAACUGUCUGAUUGCUGUUUCGUAUUAUUUCUUGUUGCUGGACUCCCCACUUUAUCAACAUUUCACCAUGAGUCUCAAAAGCGAACACAACAAAACUAAUUCUCUUAUUCAAAACAGUAUUAACAGCUGUCGUGCUCCCAUUGCUAGUUUAGAAUGUAUGGAAGAAGGAUUGCUUUCUAGUGACAGUUCAAUGACUACUAAUCCACCAAGUCGACAGAUUUCAUUGUCAACUCCAGCAACAAUGAGAUACAAGAAUUUGGGAAAAUCUGGAUUAAAAGUUUCUGUCAUUGCACUAGGGACCUGGGUGAAUUUUGGCUCACAGCUUUCUGAAGAGGUGGCAGAAGAAAUAGUAACUGCAGCAUAUGAGAGUGGGAUCAAUUUUUUUGAUACAGGAGAUAUAUAUGCUGGUGGAAAGGCAGAAAUUCUCUUAGGAAAAAUUUUAAAGAAAAAAGAGUGGAAACGCUCAAGUUAUAUAGUUGCUACAAAACUCUUUUGGGGAGGAAAAUCAGAAACUGAACGGGGGUUUUCAAGGAAACAGAUUCUCGAAGGUUUAGAAGCUUCUCUUGAACGUUUACAAUUACCUUAUGUGGACAUAGUUUUCGUAAAUAAGGCUGAUCCAAUGUGCCCUAUGGAAGAAAUAGUCAGAGCAUGCACGCAUUGUAUAAAUAGAGGCAUGGCUCUUUACUGGGGGACUUCACGUUGGUCUGCUAUGGAAAUUAUGGAAUCCUACACAGUUGCUCGCCAAUUCAAUCUUAUCCCUCCUUCUGUAGAACAGACAGAAUAUCAUUUGUUUCAACGAGAAAAAGUGGAAAUCUAUUUGCCAGAAUUAUUCCAUAAAAUUGGCACUGGCUCUAUAACAUGGUCGCCACAAGCAUUUGGUAUUCUGACUGGCAAAUUUGAUGAGGGAGUACAUCUGUUAUCUCGAGGGUCUGUCAAGAAUUUCACUAUGUUACAAGAUAAACACUUGGGUGCAGACCUUGAUGGUCGCAGUCCUAGACAUCAGUCUAAGCUGCAAGAAUUAGCAUUUUUGGCAGAAAAACUGGGAUGUACUUCAACUCAACUUACAGUUGCUUGGUGUCUUAAGAAUGAUGGCGUUCACUGUGUGCUCGUUGGAGCUUCUACAACAGAGCAACUAUAUGAUCAUCUUCAAGCCCUCCAGAUUGUACCUAAAUUAACACCAAAUGUCACAAAUGAAAUUGAAAAAAUUCUAGACAACAAGCCAGUCAGGCAGCCUAUUCAGAGUUGACUAGUGCCGGGGCGGGAUCCCUUCAUAAGGGGUUCCGCCUUGGCUGCCAUUACUGCCGCUGCCGCCGCAGCUGCAAAUGCAACAGAAGAAACUGAGGGCGGACCAGAAAGAGAAGACAGUGGGAUGGGAGAAAGUAACACGCACGGGGGAGGGAGUGGAGGACUCAUGGAAAGUCUUCUAUCUGCCUGUGUAAUACAAUGACAGCAUAUUGCUUAAAUUUACAUUGUAUAUACUCUAAUGCUAAUUAGCAAAAUUAAAGCCAGUUUUAUUUGGCUUUAAUAGGCUCAGAUGGGAAAAUAUAAGAUUAAGAGAACAGUUUUACAAAAUGCAGAUAAGAUUAAAUUAUCUGAGUUUUGAAGGACACAAUAGUAUUCUAGAUUCUAUUGUGUACGAACGUUUUAAUAUUUGGCUGUAGAUUUAGAUAUGAUUCUAGUUAUAACUUUAUUCACACUUCAAGAAUUUUUUAUAUCUUACAACCAAUUUCAGCAUGCAAAACAUAUAGUGUUAGUUACACUGUAUAUUACAGAUAAAUACUCUUAGAAUAGAUUAAAAACAAAAAC